GUUUGUUCUCCGUAAAAAUGUUAAGCCUCGGGAAUGUAUUCAUUACUUUUGUUUUGUUGCUCCUAGGUCUGUCUGCAGUGAUGGGAGAUGGCUGUAUAAUAGACAAACAAUGUCAGCGCAAUACCGAGAGGGGUCAAAAAUGUGAAACACAGACGACAAGAUUUGUCCAGUACGGUUACGAAAUAAAACUUGUUCCGAAAUGUCUACCUGCUGUUGGAAACAAAUACAGGAAGAAAGAAUGUGCAUGCAUGCCAGACAGUAAAAAAUCAUAGAAAACGAGAAACAUAUGUUUGACUUACUAUAGUGUUUAUGCCCAGAUGAUAAAUAUAAAGAUAACUAUGAAGAUGAAUAAA